UGCUGAAUGAGAAAAUAGCCUCCAGGAAUGUGGCAAUAGGAGUGAUGUUGUUACCACAGACUACAGCUGGAAUCCUGAGCAAUUUCUCUUCUUUAUUACUAUCUUUUCUUUUACCACACUGUAUGCAGGUCGACGUCUGCAGAUUUGAUUCUCCAGCACCUGAUUAUAGCCAACUCCUUGGUCCUCUCUAAAGGACAACCCCCAGACAAUAGUAGCCUUAGGGUUGAAACAUUUCCUCAAUGAUUUUGGAUGCAAACUUCUUUUGUAUAUUCAGAAAGGGGGUAGGGGAAUGUCCAUUGGCACCACCUGCCUUUUGAGUGUCUUUUAUACCGUCAUGAUCAGCCCUAUGAACUCCAGGUGGAAGGAUGUCAAAGUAAAAGCCCCAAAGUAAAUUGACUUCUUCAUUUCCCUUUUCUUAUGCGUGGGUUGUAUGUGUCAGGUAAAUGGGGCAGCAAAAACAUCACAAGAACAGAGAUUUUGGAUACUUCUCUGUUGUACACAAUGAGAAAAAUCACUGGCUCUGUCUAUACAGCAUUUAUUGUGUUCCCUGAAGUUAUAUUUUCUGUGCUCAUAAUCUGGGCCAGUGGCUCUAUGAUUUUCAUCCUGUAUAGGCAUAAGCAGCGGCUCCAACAUAUUCACGGGACUCAUGUUUCCUCCAGAUGCUGCCCUAAGUCCAGAGCCACCAAAAGCGUCCUUGUUCUGGGACCCUUGACAUUCAGGGAUGUGGCAAUAGAAUUCUCUCAGGAGGAGUGGAGAUGCCUGGACCCUGCUCAGAGGACUUUAUACAGGGAUGUGAUGCUGGAGAACUACAGGAACCUGGUCUCCCUGGGAAUCUGUCUUCCUGACCUGAGUAUUAUCUCCAUGAUGAAGCAAAGGACAGAGCCAUGGACUGUGGAGAGUGAAAUGAAAGUAGCAAAAAAUCCAGGUAGAUGGGAAGGUAUCAAAGAUACCAACACAGGGAGGAGGUGUGCAGUGAGUAGUAAAACAGGAAACAACCGUGUUACAAAUCCACUUGGAUUAACCUUUCAGUUACCUUUGCCGGGACUGGAGAUAUUUCAAGGUGAAGGGAAAUUUUACGAAUGUAGUCAAGUUGAAAAGUUCAUCAGCCACAGUUCUUCAGUUUCGCCACUUCAAAACAUUUCUUAUGCUGUCAAAACGUGCAUUUUUAAUAAACAUAGGAACGAUUUUGUUGAUUUUCCAUUACUCUCACCAGAACAGAAAGCACACAUUAGGAGCAAACCUUACAAAUGUAAAGAGCAGAGCAAAGUCUUUAGAGUGUCUUCAAGCUUUCCUAAUCCUCAAGUAAUCCACACUGCAGAUAAACCUAACAGAUGUCAUGAAUGUGGUAAAGUCUUCAGAAACAAGUCAUACCUUGCAGAACAUUGGAGAAUCCAUACAGGAGAGAAGCCUUACAAGUGUAAAGAAUGUGGCAAGCUCUUCAAUCGAUUUGCCUACCUUGUCCGACAUGAGAAAGUCCAUACAGGAGAGAAUCCUCACAAAUGUAAUGAAUGUGGCAAGGUUUUCAGUCGAAUUACAUACCUUGUACGACAUCAGAAAAUUCAUACUGGAGAGAAACCUCAUAAAUGUAACGAAUGUGGCAAGGUUUAUAGUAGUAGUUCAUACCUAGCACAACAUUGGAGAAUUCAUACAGGAGAGAAACUUUACAAAUGUAAUAAAUGUGGCAAAGAAUUCAGUGUGCAUUCAAGCCUCACCACCCAUCUGUUAAUCCAUACUGGAGAGAAACCUUACAAAUGUAAAGAAUGUGACAAGGCCUUUAGGCACAAGUUUUCCCUAACAGUUCAUCAGAGACAUCACAACGGAGAGAGACCUUAUAAAUGUAAUGAAUGUGGCAAAGUCUUCACUCAGGUUUCACACCUUGCACGUCAUCAGAAAAUUCAUACUGGAGAGAAACCUUACAAAUGUAAUGAGUGUGGCAAAGUCUUCACUCAGAAUUCACACCUUGCAAAUCAUCACAGAAUCCAUACUGGAGAGAAACCUUACAAAUGCCAUGUGUGUGGUAAGGUCUUUAGACACAGUUCAUGGCUCGCACAGCAUCAGAGAAUUCAUUUAUGAGCGAGUCCUUACAAACUGAGUAUGGCAAACUCUAUUAUACGUUCUAGCAUUAAUCAACAUGAGAGAGUCCACACUAGAAAGAAAUUAUUUAAAUAUAAAUACAGCACAGGUGGUAUCGAGACCUACCAAAUCACAAGACAUCAGAACAUACGUCUUUAGUGAAGCCACACAAAUGGAUUGUGUGCUCCAAGGCUAACAAGUCAAAAUAUGUUGAACCUAAUGAUACGAUGUGUGUAAAGGGUGCCAGGACACGUGGAAAUGGUCUGUUACGUUCAGGUUAUUAAAAAUGUAAUUAUUUGGGUUUUGUUUGAAAGGCCAGGUGCGGUGGUCCAUGCCUGUAAUCUCAGCACAAUAGAAAGCCAAGACAGUAGGAUCACUUGAGGCCAGGAGAUAAAGAUCAGCAUGGGCAGCACAGCAAGGGCCAUCUCUACAACACGAAAAAGUAAGGCGGGCCCUUGACACAUUUCUGUACUUCCAGCUACUCCAAGGCCAGAGGAUUGUUCGAGCCCAGGACUUUGAGAGGUUGAGUAAUGAGCUAUGAUCUUACUCAUCUCUACUAGCGUGGAUGACAGAGUGAGACGCUGUCACAAAAGAAAAAGGCUGCUUUUUAUGACUUUCAUCCUGAACUUUGAAUCUCUUUAUGUGCCUUCCCGACAGGCCUUUCACUGUGGUCUCAGGGAAAGAAUCAGGAAAGAUGACAGGGCUGACUUAAUUAACUGAGGAGCGUUUCUAUCCGAUUUCCUGGAAGAAUAAGGACACUGCCUUUUCAGAUUAAAUAUUGUCUGUUUUAGAGACCAUGUAGGUGGACAGAGAAUAACAAAGCCAUGAAGGCAGUCGUCAUGUUUAUUGCAAUUGGCACACUAUUUUUCUGACAGGCACAGUGCUGUGCGCUACAACAGAUAAGAAUUAGAGCACACUGUGACUUUAGGACACUGGGAUUUUUAUUCAAACAGAGGUCAUUAGGGGCUGAUUAUGUAGUAGAGAUGAUGUAGGGGAAAUGGUGGCCACCUUCUCCAUUGAAUAGCAAUAGCUGUUGUUAGCAAAGACUGAUUAAAAAGUACUCUAAUUUUUGAAAUGGAAGAAAGAACAGUUAUAUCAGAGUAAAGAGUUUAAUCAAAACUACCAAUGUGGCUGGGCGCAGUGGCUCACACCUGUAAUCCCAGGACUUUGGGAGGCCGAGGUGGAUGGAUUGCCUGAGGUCAGGAGUUCAAGACCAGCCU